AUGCGCCUUUUCACUGUCGCAGGUCUGAGCCUUUUGGCUUCAGUCGCGACCGCAUCGCUGCAGAUUGUACCAGGAGCCACGUGGACUGCAACAAACAUCGGCCAACAUAUCCAAGCUCAUGGCGGGGGUAUGAUCAAAGAUGGCGGAAAGUGGUAUUGGGUUGGUGAAGACAAAACGAAUGGCAGUGCUUUCCAGAACAUCAACUGCUAUUCAUCGAGCAACCUUGUAGAAUGGACUUAUGAGGGCGCUAUUCUUUCGCGCACCGCAUCCGGCGACACGGGCCCCAACCGUGUCAUCGAGCGACCAAAAGUAAUCCACAACAAGAAAACCGGCAAAUAUCUGCUUUGGAUGCACAUCGACAGCUCGGAUUACAAAGACGCGAAAAUUGGUGUAGCGAUUGGCGACACCGUUUGCGGAAAGUAUACUUACCUGCGGAGUGAGAGACCACUUGGAUUCGAGAGCCGAGACUCGGGCGUCUUUGUCGAUGAUGAUGGAAAGGGCUAUUUACUGACAGAGGAUCGCGCAAACGGUCUUCGCAUCAAUGCCCUUUCGGACGACUAUCUCAACGUCACAACAAACGUCUACAAAUGGGCUGAAAAAUACGAAUCACCGGCUGUGAUCAAGAGCAACGGAGUAUACUUCAUGUUCGCCUCUCAACUCACCGGCUGGAACCCCAACGACAACUACUACAGCACCGCAACCUCUCUUUCCGGCCCGUGGUCCGCAUGGAAAAAGUUCGCAGACUCAGGAUCCAACACGUACGCGUCUCAGACCACCUUUGUCCUUCCCGUCGGCAACAGCUUCAUGUACAUGGGCGACCGAUGGCACAGCGAAAACCUCAUGCGAAGCACAUACAUCUGGCUUCCACUGCAAAUCUCCGGCACAACUGCCACCAUGAAGAACGCGGUGAACUGGAUUAUCAAUCCCAGCACUGGCGCCAUGACUGCGGGGCCCACCGAAAACUCCUACGAGGGCGAAUCCGCAACUCUGGCCGGCGGCGCACGCACAAUCUCAUGCUCUUCUUGCUCGGGUUCGCAAUCAGCGGGGUACAUUGGCGGUACAUCAUCUGGCGUUAUCACGUUUGCUAAUGCCCAGUCUUCGGCUACGACACGCACUACGCUUAGGAUCAAGUAUCUCAAUGGUGAUAGCACGCAGCGGUAUGCGGAUGUUACCGUCAAUGGGAAGACGCAAAAGGUGGCGUUUGUUCCGCAUGGUGGAGGCGAUCCAGGUAGCUCGGUUGUGCAUGUUGAUUUGAACCAGGGCAGCAAUCAGAUUAAAAUUGCAGGAAACAAUGGAGGGUGGGGGCCUGAUAUUGAUAGGGUGUUUGUGCCUGUCAAUUAA